AUGGAACACUUCCACAACAAGUUUGAAACAAGUCAUGGAGGUGGUCUAGCAACUGCACACCAGAUUGCAAGAGCAAGAUAUUAUUGGCUAGCAUUGUUUAAAGAUGCAUAUGAACAUGUGAAGGCAUGCCAUACAUGUCAGGCGGCUGUUAUUCAUGAAAAGAAACAUGCUAUGCCACUUCAACCUGGCAUUGAAGUGAGGUUGCUUUCUCAAUGGGGACUGGAUUUCAUAGGGAUGAUCAAUCCACCUUCUUAUACUCAACAUAAAUACAUCCUUACUGCCAUUGAUUACUGCACGAUAUGGUCGGAAGUCCAAGCUUUGAAACUGUGCACAACAGAUGUAGUAAUCAAGUUUCUGGAAGAGAAUAUCAUUAAAAGGUUACGCGUGCGACAAUGGCCCUGCAUUCUCAUUUAUGAAAUUUUCUAA